GAAAAAAAAAAGAAUAUGGUGGCCGAGAAGCGAGUGCCGUUUUGUGUCUUGUGUGUCUUCAUGUUUCUUUCUUCUUUUUCUCUUGUAUUUACUAGCUUAUCGGCUCCAACAACCGUGUGGAAGGUCAAGAUGUUGGAAGAUACGAUACUUAUUGUAUUUAUUGCUUUGGCAACUGCCUUGUUUAGUGAAGGUCUGACAUAUCUGCUUAUUUACCGAACCGAUCAGUAUAAAAAACUGACAAGUGAAGUGGAAAAAAACACAAAAAAGUUAGAAAAGAAAAAGGAAACCAUGACAGAUAUCAGUAAACAAAGUGGACAAAAGAAGAAAAUAGAACGUGUUGAAGAAAAACUAAAGAAUCACAAUCGAGAUUUAUCCAUGGUGAAAAUGAAGUCAAUGUUUGCAAUUGGAUUUACCUUUACUGCUUUGAUGGGGAUGUUUAAUUCUAUAUUUGAUGGUAGAGUUGUUGCAAAAUUACCCUUCAUUCCAAUUUCUUGGUUACAUGGGUUAUCACAUCGUAAUAUCCGUGGCGAAAAUUUUACUGAUUGCUCUUUUAUAUUUUUUUAUAUCCUUUGUACAAUGGCCAUUCGUCAAAAUGUGCAAAAGAUUCUUGGUUUUGCUCCAUCUCGGGCUGUCAGCAAAGCUGGUGGUGGUAUGUUUAGUCCUCCUCAACCACCGAAAUAAUGAUUUUUGGAACUUAGUGUCACUAUAUAAACAAUUAAAAGAUGAAAUAUACAUGAACAUUGACAUUGGACAGGUUUUUUUGCAGAAUGAUAAUUUUGAUGUUAAGAGAAUGAUUGGUUGUAUUUUUCGUUUAAAAACGUUUAUAAAAAAUAUGCAGUGUCUUGGU